GAAAAAAGGGCUUUCAGGACAACCGACGAUCGCCAUCUUUGACACGUCUGAGGCGCGGUGAGCAUUGCGUGUUAACUUCAAAACCCUUUUUCGUGCUAUUUGGAAUACUUGUUCGAUAAUAAGGAUCGAUGCCUCAUUUUCAUAACAACCGUGGCGGAAUGGGGAUGAGUCAAUUCCAGCCUCGCCGAGGCGGUGGAGUCGGCGGUCCUAUGCGGGGAAGUAUAAUGGGAAGCCCCAAUUUUAGAAAUCACCCUUUCCAGAACCCGAACCCGAACCGUCGGGGAGGAAACAACAACUUCAACCGUGGACAGCAGUCGAGCCCCCAAAAGUCACAAAACAACCAAGGCAUGCAGGGCCUCCCACCGCCGACUCCCGGGCCCGCUCUCACCAUGAAAGGCCCGAUGGACAAGAAGCAGGAGCAAGAAAAGCCGACAACCCCCACAACGGAGCCGAAAGUUCAGCCCAAGCAAGAAAUCACAUCUCCCCAACCGAACCAGACCAACAAGACUCCGCAGCUCAAGUCACCAACUCAAAAUGCUAACGGCCCGCAACUACCCCAGCAGCAGAAUCCAUCUGCUCUCGUGAGUCCCAAGCCAGGUCCUCAGCAAAACCAACAAAAUCAGAAAGAAGUCCCUCAAACAAACCAACAAACCCAGAAGCCUGGACAACAACAAAACCAGAAGCCUGGACAGCAACCGAACCAGCGGCCAGGCCAACCGCAAAAUCAACAGACCCAGAGAGGAGGGCAACAACAAAAUCAGCAGAACCAGAGGCCUGGACAACCGCAAAAUCAAAGGGGAGGCCAACAAAAUAAUCAGCCGAACCAAAGGAUGGGUCCGCAGCAGAACCCGCGGCAAGGCAUGCAAUCGCAAAUCCAACAGAACCAGAGGAUGGGCCAGCAGCAGAAUCAAAGGCCAGGCCCAAAGACUGGGCCCCAGAUGAAUACAUUUAAUAAACCGGUGCAAGGACAGCCGCAGCAGCUGGACGCCCCGGGUACAAGCACGGCGCAAGGGCAACCACAGCAGGAAUUCAAGGCGACACUGUCCAUGCUGCUGAAACCUGGCGAGAAAUCCUACACACAGCGGUGCCGUCUGUUUGUCGGAAACCUCCCCAAUGACAUCACUGAGGAGAAUUUCAGGAAGAUUUUUGCCAAGUAUGGAGAGCCCAGUGAGGUUUUUAUCAACAAAGGAAAAGGCUUUGGUUUCAUCCGACUGGAGUCCCGUGCACUUGCCGAGAUAGCGAAAGCCGAAUUGGACGACCUUCCGAUGAAAGGCAGAAGCCUCCGCGUCCGCUUUGCCACACACUCUGCGGCCCUCUCCGUCAAGAACCUGUCGCCUUUCGUGUCCAACGAGCUCCUGGAGGAGGCCUUCUCCCAGUUUGGGAUGAUUGAGAGGGCCGUCGUCAUUGUUGACGACCGCGGGCGCUCCACCGGCAAGGGCAUCGUGGAGUUUGCCUCCAAGCCGGCAGCCAGGAAGGCCCUGGACCGGUGCAACGAGGGCGUCUUUCUGCUCACCACGUCACCAAGGCCCGUAGUUGUGGAGCCCCUUGAACAGUGUGACGAUCAAGAUGGACUUCCAGAGAAGCUGGCACAGAAGAACCCCAGAUACCAAGUGGAACGCGAGGAACCCCCUCGCUUUGCCCGCCCCGGCACCUUUGAGUUUGAGUACUCCAAACGCUGGAAGUCAUUGGAUGAGAUGGAGAAGCAGCAGAGGCAGCAGGUCGACAAGAACAUGAUGGAGGCCCGCGAGAAGCUUGAGAGCGAGAUGGAGGAGGCCUACCAUGAGCACCAGGCCAACAUGCUGCGUCAGGAUCUGCUGAGGCGACAGGAGGAACUGCGACGCAUGGAAGAGAUGCACAAUCAGGAGAUGCAGAAGAGGAAGGAGAUGCAGUUGAGACAAGAGGAGGAGCGUCGCAGGCGAGAAGACGAGAUGCUUCGCAAGCGCGAGCUGGAGGAGCAGAUGCGUCGCCAGCGCGAAGAAAGCUACAGGAUUGGCAACUUCAUUGACAGGGAGAGAGACAUGCGGAUGAGUUCUGGUGCUGCCCUGGCUAUGGGAGAUAUGGCCUAUGGCACCGUUGGCCAGGCCUACGCCAUGAAUGCGAUGGGAUAUGAGGCCCAGCAGGCAAUGGGAGCGUCUCCGGGAUCCCAGAUGAGCAAUGAUAUGCGCAACGAGCGCUACGCUCAGGGCGGCCCCCGAGGAAUGGUGCCCGGUAACGGCGCUUAUGGCAGGGUCCGCGAAGAGUUUGACGUCCCCCCUAAAAAAGCGCGUUUUUAAACGCUCCUCGCUGCAGCAUAUUUGUUUUGUACAGAUUCUUCUCAAACAAACAAAAAAGAAAAAGCGCGUUUUUAAACGCUCCUCGCUGCAGCUUUUUUUUUUUUUUUUGUACAGAUUCUUCUCAAACAAGUAUGAUGACUCAGUUUGUAUUUAAGUUCCAAAUGUUCCAGCUUGACACUUCAUUUUAUGACCAAUUUACUCCUUUUUUUUAUUUUGUAUUGCCAGUAGUUUAGGAAGAUUAAGUUUCCCUUUAGCUGUAUUUUACCCCCUGUAUAAUUAUUUUUGUAGAUGUACUGUGUUCUGUGCUUCGUCGUCAACUGUACUUUUUCUUCUCAAUUCUCCAUGGCUGUGUUUGUGCCAUUCACUUCAGAGCAUGUUACAAUAAAGACAAAAAAAUGGGUUCCAUUUGGCCAAACCUAAUAUUUAUUCUUGCUGCGUUGUUCAUAAACAACCGAGCUGCAUUUUUAGUUGGUAGUUAUGACGACAGACGUCAUAUUUUACUUUGACUCGUGAGAAAUCCUCAAGGCGCAAUUGCAGAGGCAGUCAAAGGACAAUGCCUUGCUCAAGGGCACCUUCAAGGUGGCCAGAAAGCAGACUAUCAUCUCUCUAACAACUGCGUGACCCAAACUCGCAAACGUUGUCUUGAUUGCUUGGUCAGAAGAUUGAUAUUGAUCUACUCGGCAAUCGAUAUCGCUCCUUACUGCUAUCGUACUUGACCACUCUGAUGCUUCAUAGCAAACAAUUCUGCGACAACAACUUGAAUCUGUUGAUUAUAUUUUACAUCUUUGUCAAAGUUGGAGUGAGAUACCCAUCUUGUCAAGCACAGUCUGAAGACCAAGUCUGUUCUGAAGGACAGUUCUGGCACUCGUUGAACUCUCUCUGGACACCGCCAUUGAUUGAUUAGCUUACACCGGAUUCACACAGGACACUGAUGAUCGGAAUCGGAUUAAGAAAGUUUAAAAAAAAAAAAGGGGAGGGGGGAUGGUUAGUGCCCUUAGAGUGGACAACCGGACAACCGACAAACCAUCAUCUGUUGACCAGAUCAGCGCCGCUUUCUACAUUCCAGGAUUGGUUGUUCCACUGUGGCUUAUGCUUGUAGAACGCUUUGAAAAGGUAAAAAAAAAACAAAAAAAAACUCCCACUAACAUAUUUGUUGUACAGCCAUCAUGGCUGCUGCCUUCAUUUCUAAAAUAUUUGAUGUUCUUUGGGCAUCCUUAAUGUGAUAUGAUGGAACGGCUCGACGGCACACGUUUUAAAUAAUCUGUGUCGUAUUUUCUCUUUCAUUGAGCUUCCCUCUAAAUUGCUUGAUGGGGCGAUUCGUAAGUGGCGCUCAUUUUCAGAUAUUAAUCUGAAAUCCCUAAAUUAAAUUAAAUUAAAAAUACAGCCCAGUUUGGCCCACAAAUGGCUUUUAAAACCAAUAGAGGACAUUUUUAAAAUGCAUCUGUAGAGAAUGUUUUCAUACACCAAGUAGAUUCUAGUUGUAUGUUUUAGCUUUUGGAUGAUCCAUCUGUAGUAUAUUCUGCAUUGUUGCUUUGACGUGCUCUUUGCAUUCUUUCUUUAACAGGUUUGACGGACUAUAAAGGUUUUGGACUGUGGAGGAAAUUGAGGCUGUGUAGUGCUUUAGCAAAAUGCGUUAAACCUCAAGCGAGAGAUGCGAAGGUAGAUUGUGACAGGCUACAUUUGGCUUUUGAAGUCAGUGUAGCGCCGUUGGAAAUUUGGUAGGUAACUGCGCCAUCCGUAAAGUGCAUGAUAAACUGGAAUGGUGACUGACGUCUUCUCCAAUACGCAAGUCACUUAAAAAAUUGACAACAGUUUGAGUGCUUGCGUGUAUGUUUAUAUCAAUAUGUAGCGUUUUAAAGACGAGAUAAAAUGUCGUGUUGGUCUGAUUU